UACAUAAACUUGCAUAUAUACUUAACACACACACACACACACACACACCUUUGUCUUCCUGAUUCCGUUCCAUCUUCGUCAACUAACAGUCAAUUAUAAUUUCACCAAAAAAAAAAAAGAAAGAAUUCCAUCAAUGGCGGCUUUCACGAAUUCAAUCAGAUCAAUCACUCACAAGGCCCAGUUAUCAGCUGCUUUCCCUUCGUCGGCAAAAGUGAUUUCUGGUUUUCCGGCGAAUCAUUUCAAGAUUCCGGCAAACAAUAACUGCCGGAGAUUUUCCAGAGGUCUCUCGACUCAAGCCUUCUUCUUCAGAAAACCUAAGCCCGCCGCCGAGCCUUCAAGGCCAACAAAGGUUCAAGAAUUAUACGUGUACGAAAUCAACGAGCGAGACCGUUCGAGCCCGGCGUAUUUACGAUUAAGCCAGAAGGAAGUCAACUCCCUCGGAGACCUAGUCCCGUUCUCCAACAAGCUCUACUCCGGCGACUUGCAAAAGAGGCUAGGCAUCACCGCCGGAUUAUGCGUCCUAAUCCAACAUUCGCCGGAUAAGAAGGGUGAUAGAUACGAGGCAAUGUACAGCUUCUACUUCGGUGAUUACGGCCACAUUUCUGUCCAGGGUUCGUAUUUGACUUACGCCGACACCGUUUUGGCCGUCACCGGCGGGUCGGGUGUUUUCGAGGGGGUUUACGGGUCGGUGAAAUUGAAGCAGAUUGUUUUCCCGUUUAAAUUGUUUUAUACUUUUUAUUUGAAGGGGAUAAAGGAUUUGCCGGCCGAGCUGGUGGUGACGCCGGUGGAGCCCACUCCGGCGGUGGAGCCGUCGCCGGCGGCUAAGGCGGCCGAGCCUCAGGCGACUAUUUCCAACUUCACUAAUUGAAUGUGAGGGGAUUUUUAUUUAGCUUUGUUGGAAUUAUUAUAUUAAGCUUUAUUGCUUUUUUUUUUAAUUAUUUUCCACGUGUAUUGUCAUUAUUGGUUGUUGGUUGCUUUUGUGUAUAUUGGUUUCUAGUGCAUUUUACAAUUAAAUUGUUAGUCCUAUUUUCAUGGCACUAUCUGAAUUCAAGAUUCAAAUUUUUGU